GCCUCACAGGACUCGGAGCUUGAGAGAGAGCUACGGGCUUGCGAUCAUGAGCAAGAAAAAUAACAGUGGCGGCGACAAGAAGAAUUCUGCCACCGGACACUCGGAUCAGGGAAAGAAGGACGAUGGCGCGAUCACCGUGGUUUACAAGGUGGGAAUGUACUGCGAGGGCUGCGUCGACAAGGUCGUCAGAUCCGUCAAGGAAUUCCCAGGGGUGCAAGAGGUGAAACCCGAGCUGGCGAGCAGCAAGCUGACGGUGGUGGGGAAGAUGGAUCCCUGGAAGCUCCGGGAUCGCGUGGAGGCGAAGACGAAAAAGAAGGUGGACCUCAUCUCCCCCAUCAAGAAGCCCGACGCCGCAGCUGAUCAAAAGCCUGUCAAUGAAAAGGCCAAAGAGUUAUAUCUUAAGGCCACGACGGUGGUGUUCAAGAUUUCACUAUAUUGCCACUGCCGAGGCUGCAUCAGAGGAAUCGUGGACACCAUCCGGAGGAUCAAAGGAGUGCAUGACGUCUCCAUCGACGCCCAGAAUGAACUGGUCACCGUCACUGGGACCAUGGACGCGAAGGCGGUGACGAAGAUCUCGAGUCACAACAUGGUGCGGGAGGUGAAGGCGGUGCAGCCGAAGAAGGACGACGGCGGUGGUAAGAAGAAGGAAGGAGGAGAAGGCGGCAGCGACGGGGAGAACAAGGAGCAUGCCGCAACGGCGGCGGCGGCGGCGGCGGUGGCGGAGGCAGGUAGGAUGGAUUACUACGAGUGGUACUAUCGCCGGAUGCAUCACGCGCCGCAACUGUUCAGCGACGAGAACCCCAACGCUUGCUCCAUCUCGUGAAACGCCAGCGACUCAAGUGAAGAACUCAGGCGAAGAAUGGCAGGUGAAAUGGAACGAAUGAAAGAAAA